AUGUCGCUCGCAGAACACAGCCUGCCAGACGGAUUCUACCACGUGGCAGUCAGCACAGCGCGCCGCCACGCUGUCAGCCGGGAGGGGGACGGUGUAUUUGGGCCUCUGGAGGUGGGGGAUGGGGUGGGCGGCAUCAAGCUGCCAUUCAUAGAGGAGUUCUUCUCCCACAGUGAGUACUCCUUGCUGUGUUUUGAGUUGACUCAAACCACGAGUUCUUCUUCUCCCACACAGGAAGGCGGGCAUCGCGUCUGGGCGCCUCUGGAGGUGGGGGAUGGGGUGGGCGGCAUCAAGCUGUCAUUCCUGGAGACGUUCUUCUUCUCCCUCACCCCCACGUCUCGUUUUGGCUGCAUGGUGGGAUACAAUCCGGAAGGAGCAUUGCGUGCCUUCGUGGUGGUAGAGGACUCACUAGACACCAACGAACGCCGCCCCUCCGACUGGGUCUGGCCCACGUGGGGCCCGGGCGGCGUCCCGUCCCGUCUGCCCGACCACCUGCCGCCUGUUCCGGCACUAGAUGACAAGACAGUGGUGGGAGCUCGCACCGUUCUGACUCGCAACCUGAUGGUUCAGGAGCGGGAGGACGUGUCUUGGGCGGAAGAAUGGGGCCCUAACAGCGCUGCCGCUGCUGCCGCCAUUGCUGCUGGUGACACUGCUUCAGCUAAAAAUGCUGUAGCAGCAGCAGCAGCAGCUGGCUUUAUGGGGCGAGUGCCGGAGGGAGAUGAGGACCGUUACACGGUCGUUGCUCUGCCCCACGGGGUGGUGGUGUGCGCCCCUCUCUCGCCGCAGCUGGUGGCAGGCAGGCCGUUUGUGCUGUCGGCGUCGUGGGUGGUGGGAGAGGGCGAGGUGAAGCGGAUCACUGCCUCUUGGGGGGCGAAUGGGGGCUUUGAGGAAGUGGAGGGCGAGUGGUACAGGAGACAGGCGUGA